AUGGAUCAAUCUGCUGCAGUUGUGAAGAAUCACAUUGAGAAGCCUUUUGUGUUCCGAGGAGUGGAUUUCAAGAGAUGGCAGCAAAAGAUGUUGUUUUAUCUAACAACAUUGAAUCUGGCACAAUACGUGACUUCAGAAGCACCGGAACUACCGGUUGAAGGUGACAUUUCAGAUGAAAUCAUCAAGGCAUCAGAGGCAUGGACACAAAACGAGUUUUUGUGCAACAAUUAUAUUCUUAAUGCCUUGGAUGAUUCUCUCUAUGAUGUUUAUCACAUUUUCCAAAGCCCAAAACAGUUGUGGGAAUCAUUGGAGAAAAAGUACAAGUCUGAAGUUGCAAGUGCCAAGAAAAUCAUCGUUGGAAAGUUUCUGAAUUUUAAGAUGAGUGACACCAUUCCAGUGGUGAAACAAGUUGAAGAAAUUCAAGUAACUGCUCAUGAAUUGAAGGAUGAGGUGAAGCUCAAAACGUUUGAUGUUCAGAACAAUUCCUUGUCUUCUAAGAUUCCAGACGGUAUUGGGAACUUAGUCAGUCUAUCAGUUCUGUCUUUGAGCUUGAAUAAGUUGUCGGGUGGAAUUCCAUCGUCGAUUCGGAAUCUGAAAAAUCUUGAAACCCUUGAGCUUGAGAAUACCAAUGGCUUGUCAGGUCAGAUUCCCACAGCUUGGUUGUUUGGUCUUCAGAAGCUGGAGAUAUUGCGGCUUGGAGGAAACAAACUCCAGUGGGACAACAAUGGUUUUUCCUUUCUACAGUCUAAGUUAACACAUCUGUCACUUAGGUCUUGUGGCUUACAAGGGAAUAUUCCGGAUUGGCUCAAGAAUCAAACAAGUCUUGUUUACUUGGAUUUGAGCAUGAACAGACUCGAAGGACGUUUCCCCGCAUGGCUAUCUAAUCUGACCAUUGGAAUAAUAAUUUUGUCAGACAACAGACUCUCAGGCUCACUGCCUCCACAUUUGUUUCAGUCUGGGAGCUUAUCAUGUCUUGUACUAUCAAGGAACAAUUUCUCUGGUCAGAUCCCUGAUACGACUCCCAUAUCAUCAUCUAUCAGGGUACUCAUGUUGUCUGAAAACAACUUCACAGGAUCAGUACCAAAUUCUAUUACAAAAGGCUACACGACGUUGUUGGACUUGUCUAAGAAUAGAUUAUCAGGUGAAUUCCCAAGGUUUGGUCUGCCCAAGAAUAGAUUAUCAGGUGAAUUCCCGGGGUUAGGUCCAUACCUUGUGUGGCUCGAUAUAUCUUCCAACGAGUUCUCUGGGGAUAUUCCAUCUUACUUCGGGAGUGCCAUUAGUAUGCUCUUAAUGAAUGACAACAAUUUCAAUGGUGAAUUUCCUAAGAACUUCAGAAAUCUCUCACGUCUGAUCCGUCUUGAUCUCCAUGACAACAAAAUCUCUGGAGAGUUUGCGAGUUUAACCUCCCGGUUGCCUUAUUCUCUAGAGGUUCUUAGCCUGAGAAACAAUUCCCUUAAAGGUUCAAUCCCAGAGAGCAUAUCAAAUCUCACAAGGCUUCAGGUCUUAGAUCUCUCUGAGAACAAUCUGGAUGGAUAUCUCCCUUCAUCUCUUAGGAAUCUUACAUGCAUGAUAAAAUCUCCUGUGAGCUCAUCUUCGGCUAUGCGUCUCCUUUUCAGCUUCAAUACCGACGUAGAAAGGUUAAUAGACAUCAAAGCAAAAAAUAUAUUUAGUCUUGUAGUGAACUGGAAGAAAUCAAAACAAGUUAUUUUCCAGAGAAAUUUCUACCUCUACACUCUCAUAGAUCUCUCCAAGAACAAGCUACACGGAGAAAUCCCAGCGUCUUUAGGCAAUCUCAAAAGCCUAAAGCUUUUGAACCUCUCCAACAAUGAGUUCUCGGGAUCAAUCCCACAAAGUUUUGGAGAUCUUGACACGCUAGAGAGCUUAGACCUUUCACACAACAACCUCAUUGGCGAAAUCCCGAAAACGUUAUCCAAGCUAAGCGAGCUGAAUACUUUAGAUUUGAGUAACAACAAGCUUACAGGUAGGAUCCCUGAAGGUCCUCAGCUAGACAGAUUGAAUGAUCCAAACAUUUACGCCAACAACAGCGAAAUCUGUGGAGUGCAAAUCCAAGUACCAUGCUCUACGCAGGAGAUGGAGCCAUCAAAUGAAGAAGAAGAGGAAACAAUGUUUUCAUGGAAAGCUGCAGCCAUAGGUUGUAUUUGUGGAUUUCUUAUAGCACUUGUGUUUAUGUACAAUGAGAAGAUGUGGAAGUAA